AUGACUGGUCCAAUGUCAUCCAGCGAGAAGUCUACAAGAAGCAGUGGUGAAGAGCGUGGGCAGAAGAAAAUCCUUCUUCUUACAAGCAGCGAAUAUGGCCAAGCCAAUGUCAUCCUAGCGGUUGCUUACGAGCUACUCCUGCGUCGAAAGUAUCAAGUUCACUUCGCAUCCUUUGCACCCCUCGAAGGUCGUAUCAGAGAACUCAACGAGCUAGCCGCAACGGACGAUUCAACAGCCGCUUUAUUCCACACCGUUCCAGGUCCUUCAUCUUCUGAAGCUCUGGCUGCCAAAGAUGAUUUCAUAGGACCAUACCCCCCUGGAAUUCGAGGAGCUUUAGAUACGUAUCGAGUGACUCUUCCAGCAAUAGCUAAUACUUGGGAUGAGCGUGAAUACAUGCUGGGCUACGAGAGUUGUAUACACAUUUUGCAAGCUGUCAAUCCCGAUAUAAUCGUGGCCGAUCCCCUCUUCAGCCAAGGACUCGAUGCCUGCUUGAAAAUAUCACGGAAGUGCGUUAUCCUGAGUCCGAAUACGUUUCAAGAUAUUCUUCGCAAGAGGCAGCCACUGUCUAGACUUCAGUUUUUUCUAUAUCCAGCUAUCUCAUCCGCAUACCCAUAUCCCGUUCCCUGGCAUCUCAUCCCAGCAAACAUCUACCUCAAAACCCGUCUGAUUUUGACCCUCAUCACAUCCCCCACAGUCAGGGCCCUCAUGUCAUGGCGCAAAGCUCAAAAUAUCCCCGCCCUACCGCCAGUCUUCAACAUCUGGCAAAAGGAGAACCACUACCUAGUGCCCUCAAUUCCCGAGACCGACUUUCCAUGCUACCUCGAGUCCAAUGUCACUGCCUGCGGACCGAUUUUGCUUCCAUUCUCGUUGGUGUCGGAAACAGACCCGGAGCUUCAGGCGUGGCUUAUGCGUUGUCCUACCGUGCUGAUUAAUCUUGGGUCACACAUCCGAAUGGAUGGAUCUAUGGCGCGGCAAUUUGCAGCAAGUCUGAAGCAGUUACUUCACAACAGACCUGAUAUUCAAGUUCUAUGGAAAUUGAAGGCUCCCGGCGCAUCAGCAUUUCAAAAUGGGACGAAUUCGAAACUAAAUCUAGAGGGCGGUUUUCGGGCCACUGGACUGGAAGAAGGACCACUAGAUGCAAUUUCGAAUGAGCUCGCUGCAGGAAGGGUCAAAGUGCUAGAAUGGCUUUCGGUAGAUCCAUUAGCUGUGUUACAAACCGGUCGUGUGAUUUGUUCUGUGCAUCACGGAGGCUCGAAUUCUUUCCACGAAGCUCUGAGUGCUGGAGUGCCACAGAUCGUCCUGCCCUGCUGGCUCGAUACCUUCGAGUUUGCCAACCGCGUCGAGUACUUGGGUAUUGGCAUCUACGGAAGUCGAAGCGCUGCACCUAGUGUCGAGGCUGCAGAAUUGGCUAGAGCUUUUUCGCGAGUAUUGGGGCACGGUGGGGAAGCUUUGAGGAUGAGGCAGAAAGCCAAAGAGCUGGCGGAGAUCAGUGGGAGAUUUGGCGGGCGCGCGAAAGCGUGUGAGAAGAUCAUCAAGCUUUUGGAGCGCAUAUGA